AUGAGAUUCUGGAGUAACAAAAGGAAGGUGAAGAUCCUCCCCCCGCUAGCAGAGGUGCUGAAGUGGGUGGAGUCAGCCAUCCAGGCCUCCAAGGUUCACCUGCUGUCCACGGACCAUGAGGAAGGCGGCGAGCACACGUGGAGGAUCCCCUUUGACCCCAGCCUAAAGGAGGUUACCAUCUCCCUGAGUGGCCCAGGGCCCGAGAUCGAAGUCCGAGACCCGCUGGGGAGGAUCCUGCAGAGAGAUGACGGCCUCAAUGUGCUCCUCAGCAUCCCUGACUCCGCCAGGGUCGUGGCCUUUAAGCCCGAGCAUCCCGGGCUGUGGUCCAUCAAGGUCUACAGCAGUGGCCGCCAUUCGGUCAGGAUCACGGGCAUCAGCAACAUCGACUUCCGAGCUGGCUUCUCCACUCAGCCGUCCCUGGACCUCAACCACACCAUUGAGUGGCCCCUGCAAGGCGUGCCCAUCUCCCUGGUGAUCAACUCCACGGGCCUGCGGGUGCCUGGCCGCCUGGACUCAGUGGAGCUCUCACACAGCUCAGGGCGGUCCCUCCUGACUUUGCCCACACAGCCCCUCUCCAACGGGUCAACCCACCAGCUGUGGGGUGGGCCGCCCUUCCACAGCCCCCAGGAGCGUUUCUACCUCAAGGUGAAGGGCAAGGAUCAUGAGGGAAACCCUCUCCUCCGUGUUUCCGGAGUUUCCUACCGUGGGGUGACUCCAGGUGCCCCCCUGGUCAGCAUGCCGCCCAGGAUCCAUGGCUACCUACACCAGCCUCUGCAGGUCUCCUGCUCCGUGCACAGCGCCCUCCCCUUCCGGCUGCAGCUGUGGCGGGAGGGAGUCAGGCUGGGUGAGGAGAGGCGCUUUCGGGAGUCAGGGAACAGCAGCUGGGAGAUUCCUUGGGCCUCCAAGGCUGAAGAAGGCACGUACGAGUGCAUGGCAGUCAGCCGGGCUGGGACCGGACGAGCAAGGGCUCAGAUCGUCGUCACAGACCCCCCUCCGCAGCUGGUCCCUGUCUCCAAUGUGACCGUGUCCCCGGGAGAGACCGCCAUCCUGUCCUGCCUGGUCCUGAGCGAGGCUCCCUACAACCUUACCUGGGUCCGGGACUGGCGAGUCCUGUCGGCCUCGACGGGCAGAGUCACCCAGCUGGCCGACCUAUCCCUGGAGGUCAGGAACACCACCCCCAGCGACGGCGGGCGGUACCAGUGCAUGGCCAGCAACUCCAAUGGAGUCUCGAGGGCAUCCGUCUGGCUCCUGGUGCGAGAGGCCCCGCAGGUCAGCAUCCACACCAGGUCACAGCGCUUCUCCCAGGGCAUGGAGGUGAGGGUCCGCUGCUAUGCCUCCGGAUACCCUGCACCCCACAUCUCCUGGAGCCGCGAGGGUCGCGCCCUGCAUGAGGACAGCAGAGUCCGCGUGGAUGCCCAGGGAACACUGAUCAUUCAGGGGGUGGCCCCAGAGGAUGCGGGGAGUUACAGCUGCCAGGCUGCUAAUGAGGUUGGCAGAGAUGAAGAGACGGUCACCCUCUACUAUACAGACCCACCAUCCGUGUCAGCUGUAAACGGCGUGGUACUGGCUGCCGAAGGGGAGGAGGCGGUGCUGGCAUGCGAGGCAACUGGGGUGCCCCCGCCCCGGGUCAUCUGGUAUCGAGGGGAUCUUGAAAUGAUUCUGGCCUCUGAGGACUCCAGCUCUGGGAUGCUGCAGAUCCCAGUGGUUCGUGAGAGGGAUGCUGGCGUCUAUACCUGCCGAGCUGUCAAUGAGUUGGGCGACGCCUCUGCAGAAAUCCGACUGGAGGUUGGACAUGCGCCCCAGCUAUUGGAGCUGCCCCAGGAUGUCACCGUGGAACUGGGGAGGAGCGCCUUCCUGGCAUGCUGGGCCACGGGUCGCCCACCGCCUACCAUCACCUGGCGCCGUGGAGAUGACCAGCCUCUGGGGCCCAGGCCAGGCAGCAGGACUGGGUGGCCCGAUUCAGGGGUGCUGUUCUUUGAAAGUGUGGUCCCCGAAGACCAGGCCCCGUAUAUCUGUGAAGCUCAAAAUGUCUUUGGGAAGGUCCAGGCGGAGGCCCACCUCCUCGUGACUGGACAUGCCCCGCCACAGAUCGCCAGCAGUGCCUCCACCGUCCGGGUGCUGGAGAGGCAGCCGGUGUCCCUGCCCUGUAUCGUCCUGUCUGGGAGACCCCGCCCCGAGAGGCGCUGGCUCAAGGCCGGCAUGCCUCUCCCACCGGGCAGCCGGCAUUCCGUCCGGGCAGACGGCAGCCUCCACCUUGACCAGGCGUUGCUGGAGGAUGCCGGCAGGUACAGCUGUGUGGUCAGCAACACGGCCGGAUCUCAGCACAGGGACGUGCAGCUGGUUGUCCAGGUGCCACCUAGAAUCCAGCCCACUGCCACCCACCAUAUCACCAAUGAAGGCGUUCCAGCCUCUCUCCCCUGUGUAGCCUCAGGAGUUCCCACCCCAACCAUCACCUGGACCAAGGAGACCAAUGCCCUGGCCUCUGGGGAUCCCCACUACAAUGUGAGCAAGGACGGCACCCUGGUCAUCCCCCGGCCGUCUGUCCAGGACGCAGGGGCCUACGUCUGCACGGCCACCAACGCAGUGGGCUUCUCCAGCCAGGAGAUGCGGCUUUCUGUCAAUACCAAGCCCAGGAUCCUCGUGAAUGGGUCACAUGCAGCAGACAAGCCUCUGAGGGUCACAGCCAAGGCCGGUGAUGAGGUGAUCCUUGACUGUGAGGCCCAGGGCUCUCCACCCCCACUGGUCACCUGGACCAAGGACUCCCGCCCCAUGCUGCCCAUGACCGACAGGUAA